GCGCUCGCAGCGGCUCAGCGAGGCACAAUCUGGCGAUGCCGAUUCUGUGGCCAAAAGCUCGCCUCAUCCAGGCGGAGCCAGUUCGAGAGCAAAGAGCGGUGGUGGUGGCGCCAGGGCACGGGACUCGGGCUGGGCGGCUUUACACUCCCGAUGCCCGAUGUCCGUGCCGUGCGAGAGAUGCCGCCCGCCCGGCGACCUUUGCUGCGCCUGCGUUGGAUCUCCUUAUCCUCCAUCGACCGUCAAAAUACAUCCAUCGCUCUUGCAAGACGUCGGAGAGGCAGUCAAGAUGGAGCGCGAGGCAUGGAGCAAGUGAAGCAUGGCUCAGAACAGUGCUGCGAGGGCUGGCUUUGCUUCUCGCUGCGCAGGGGCGCGGCGCACGUGCAGGCACACGCCUGUGCCCCUGACGGCGCGUCGAUGAGCCGUGUUGCUCGGCAACGCGCGCCGCCGCCCGUCGUUGUCCAAAUCGGGACGGCCGCAGCACCGCAGCGACGCUCAAGAGAUGAAGCGUGCGGGCGGCGGCCAGCACGAGCACGAAGCGGCGUGCAAGCUCAGGCGGCAGCACACAGCCACAGCGCUCGCUGGCAUCGAGAGCUGCGCGCUGCUGGCGCUCCCCUCUCGGCACCGGCGACGGCAUUGAGGGCGGCACGCCACAUUGAGCUCUUUGACGCAGAUGGGCUGUGCGCUCUGGGUGCUGUGUGCUGCUGCUGCUGCGCUGGCACCCUUCGAGCGGCUUGCGCUCCUCUGCUCUGCUGCCCGGUGCCGAGUCGAGUGCUCCAGCGUUGAGGCGGCGGCGGAAGGGAAGGGCAAAGCCGUGCGCAGCGUGAAGAGAGGCACAAAGGAGGCCGGCGCUCAGUCUUCGCUGCCGCAGCAGCAGAGCGGCAGCGGCAGACCUACUUAAGGCCCUGACCGCAGCCGAGCAUCCUUCCUCCCGUCCCCCACCCCCCUCACCCUUCCCGCCCCGUCCUUUGCCCGCACCCAUCCCAAGCAUCGC